AUGGCGCGAGCAAGGACAAUUAUUGAAUUAAGGCGAGAGAUUGAUGAGUUGAAACGGGCCCUGGCUGCUCAGGCUGCACCUCCAGCUCCACCAAUCCCACCUGUACCACCAGUGCCAUUAGCAUAUCCACAUAUACCGUCUAUUCUGAUGGUAGAACAGUUUCGCAUUUAUCGACACUCUACCUUUGAUGGAGGGAAAGACCCUCUGGCAGCUGAAGAGUGGUUGAGUGCUAUUGAGAAAAUCUUUUGCACAUCUCUUGUCCAGAAAAUCAAAAGGGAUAUGGAAAUUUUCGAGUAUGAGAGCAAGUUCGAGGAAUUGUCCCGAUAUGCCCCACAUCUUGUAAGUACUGAGCUAAUGAAGGCAAAAUGUUACGAGAGGGGCUUGCACCCAGAGAUCAGGCAGAUUGUGAGUUCAAACGAUCUCACCACUUUUCAGGCAGUUGUGAAGAAAGCUCAAAUAGUAACCUAUUCGGGUGUGAAGUUGAUAAAUCAGGGACAGCGUAAUGACUUUGGAAAAAGGAAGUUGGAGGAUAAGAAUAAGAAUUCUCGACAGUUUAAGAAGCAAACAAUUGUGGGCCAAUCAAGUAAUCCUCCAUCCCAAUGUCCUAAAUGUAACAAGUUUCACAGAGAGGAAUGUCUGUAUGGGAAGUAUACUUGCUAUAAGUGUGGCCAACCUAGCCAUGUGGUUUCCUCAUGUCCAUCGAUUAAGAAACAUGAACAAGAGAAGAAAGGAAAAGCAAGGGUGUCUGCUCUGACUCACGAUGAGGUUGCCCAAAAUCCGGACGUAAACGCAGGUAUUUUAUCCAUCUCUGGAACUCCAGUUUAUGUCCUUAUUGAUUCCGGUGCAACACAUUCGUUCAUAUUUAAUGCAUGUUUAGCUAAGAUUAAUGCUUCAUGUAAGAAGAAUUAUAAUGUACUAGAGGUUAGUAUGCCAUCAGGAUGA